AUGGAUUUUAAUUUAAAGAAACGAGCACGGCACGAUGUGAAAGUUGAAGUGGUUAGUUUGGAAGCAAAGUAUCCGCACAAUGUUAUGCUGUAUCACUAUCCGCCAACGGAGGAUAUUCAUAUUGAUGAAUUUGAAGAACUCGCUUUGGAGCGUCUGCGCCUGCUGCGCGUUUUUGAUCGCGCCACAACAAAGGGACUGCGGCUGCUCUCUGAGGACUGGAAGGAAUAUGUGAAUGGCGAAAUGAGCAGAGAUGGACUCCGGGGCUAUUUGCGCAUGGGCACGACAAGCAGUGGUACCAAGCAUGAGUCGGAUUUACAAAUGCGUCGGCGUGACUAUUUAUCACACUUCAUACUGCGCUUGGCAUAUUGUCGCUCAGAGGAUUUGCUGCGCUGGUUCGUAGCACGGGAAAUGGAGUUCUUUAAAUAUAAAUUCGCCGCACUUAACACAGCUGAAAUUAAGCAGUUUCUCGAGGCCAACAGUUUUCACAUUCUUCCAUUGACAGAGGAACAGAAGGACGAGGUCAAGGACGGUCUCUAUGAAAGCACUGUGGGCCAGAGUGUAUCAAAGAUUGAGCUGCUCGAGUUCUACAAAGUACCCUUCACACAAGUUUUGGAUUUGGUGCGGACCCGCCGCUGUUAUCUAAAGGCCGGCUUUGCCUAUGUGAACACACACGACAUGGUGUCAAUUGUGGGCGCCAGGCAGCUGGAUGAGAUUGAACGUGGCAUGCAAGCAGCUAAGUCCUUUAUUGCUGACGUCGAGGCAGACGAGCGCAUCUCGCGCAUGAUCAAGUCCCUGCACAACUCGUAUACGGGCAAGGACUACACGAUAUGCAAAGAUGCUUCGGUGCCGAUUGAGUCUCUGGAUCAGCUAUCCAAAACGUCCAUGCCACUCUGCAUGCGUAUGUGCCACGAGCACAUACGCAGCCAGCACCAUAUCAAACACGGUGGACGCAUGCAGUACGGUCUCUUCCUAAAAGGCAUUGGCGUCACACUCGAGGAUUCAUUGCGUUUUUGGCGCGAGGAGUUUACUAAGAAAAUGGAUGUCGAUAAGUUUACGCGCAGCUACGAGUACAACAUUUACCACAACUAUGGCAAGAAGGGCUCCAUGGUCAAUUACACGCCCUACUCUUGCCUGAAGAUCAUUAAGGAAAUGGCAGCUCCUGGCGACUGCCAUGGCUGCCCAUACAAAUCGUUGGACCAAACUGCGCUAAAAGCAAAACUCUCGUCAUAUGGCCUCUCGCCGGGCGCCAUCGAUGAGGUCAUGUUUUUUGUUUCACGCAAUCAUUUCCAAUUCGCCUGCGGAAAAUACUUUAUGCUGACACACAACUCGACGGUGGAGCCGACAAUCAAUCACCCUAACAACUAUUUCGAGGAAAGCCAAAUCUUGAUGGGCAAUCGCCAGAAACGCGCUCCCGGGCCAGUUCAGCAAAAUAAUAAAGUCAGGGCCUCAAUAAAAGGGGCCGCAAACAGAUCCAUGCUUAAUGGUGACGAUGAUGACGAGCUAUGGAAAAUUGCCGAGACACAGGAGAAAGUAUACCAGAGCCAGAAAGGCAUCGCAGAGGCCUUCGAUGAUGAUCUAGAUCUUACUGAAAUAAUAGAUUAA